GUAGAUGUGGAAACCCGCGUCACUCUGACAGAAUGAGUUUCACCUCCCAGUGUUGUUGACAGAGGAGAGUCGAUGCACAUGGGUCAGGGUUGACUGACAGACUGGAUUUUAGCUUCACGAGUGUCAUUUCUCGCUUGGGACUGAGGGCGAUCGAGCGAAACCAGCUGUACGUGACGGAUAAGCAGCAUUUUCAUGGUGCAAACUUCACGCCACCAGGAUAAUCGACUCGUGUGUAAAGAAGGCCCGGUCACUGAAUGGUCUAUUGCCUGAAAAAAAAGUUGAGGUGGGGACUGCCAAGGACAACACACCAAGGACCCUGCAUGUACUAAACAAACUGUUUUCUUCAGCCUCUGGCUUGUCCUUCCAACUGUGCCAACACACGCAGUCCCCCCCGCAGGGGACUUUUUGUGGCACAGACUCAUACCUUGGCCGUGGCAGUUUGUCUCCAUGGCGUAUCUCUAGUCCUAACCUCAUGGGAGAGUUUACUUGUAUUUUCAGGCUUGCUUCGCUGUGCACCAAAGUGGCACAAAGGCCCAUUCAUACCCGAGAGUGGCUCCAUUCAUGGACACUGAGUAAUUGCCGGUAGAAUUCAUAAUUAGUCUGUGUCUUCCAUCUCCGAGGCUCACGGGUGGAAAUGACGCCACAGUUGGUUGUUUUAAGGAUAGCAUUAAUAUUCAAAUCCACGCUUGAGUCACUGUUUUGUUUGUAGUUUAGUUUCCUUUGCAUGCUCUGCAUUGUUUGCUUCCCACUUCGGCGGUGGAGUUAUAAUGGACAGGAAACAAAGCAGGUCUUUGAAGCAAAAGAUUGCAGUGAUAGUAGAAUGGAGACCUUGGAUUGCCCUCCAGGCAGUGUGGUGCUUUCAUUUUAAUGUGAAAUGGGUCUUUUUAUUUCAUUACAUAAGCACAAUAUGUGUCCGCUUUAUUGUAUUUUAAUUCUAAAUGUUGCUUUCAAUGCUAGAAGAAGCACAAAUAUGUAAAGUACAGGGCACAAUUCAUGGGAAGAACAAAGAUUUAGAGGUAUGUCAUUAAGUCAACGCUGCUGGGUGCUUUGCUGCGUCAGGGGCAUCACUCAGUAUGAAACUACCUCAGUUGUCUGAUGGUCUGCUUAACCUGAGCUGCACAUCUGAACAUAAGCCAAAACCUCAACAGCAAGGUUGACAUCAUCAUCUAUCAUAUAAAAAAAACAAAACAGGAUGACCUUCACCUUCGCCCUAAUACAAGUGUCCACCGCCCUGGAAUGAUAUCAGUUGCUGUGCAUCAUAUCAGGAGAAACAGUCAUCAUCUUUAUAGAUAUGUGCUAGUUGAGAAUCUUAAUCAUCAACAUGGAUGUCACGUACAGUCUUUGUACUUAUUUCAUUGCUUCGCCUGUCUGCACGAAAUUCUCUCUCACCUUAACCCCUUAAAAUAUUUUAACAGUAAGGCAUUUCCUAGUCAGCUUUUUAAAUGCACUUUGUUCUCAGCCAGUAGCCUAACAAGAUUAGGGCUUGUGACCCUGUCAGACUCAAACUGAAUUUUCCUUCAAGUGCGUCCAUAAUCGCGGUGCUUUGGGGCCGUCUCAGCGGUGGAGUUUGUCAUUCAGCAUCACAGGAAUUCUGGACAAUAAGCCCCUUUUGUGAGGGCAGAUACUGGAGCGUUGCACAGAGACGAAGGAGGGUGCAGGAGUACUGUCGCCCUCCCACAUCUGACCCAGAGGUUGUGUAAUACCCUGCUCAUCAGACAAAUAGCUUUAAACUGGAUACAUAUGGUGGCUGAGAGAGCAGGCUGAAGCAAUUUUCUUGGCUUUUGUUGUUACUCUUGUUUCCUCGAGGCUCACCUAAAACAUGCGGGGUAUCGCAAGUCGUUUGUUUACUGCGUCUAGUGAAAAGUGGCAUAUGUUCAAAAUGUAAACCUUUCUUUUGCACUGCUUUCAUAACCUUUUUGAGAAUAAGAAAAAAGCUAUUGGAUAUAGUUGUGUAAUGACACUUUUACUACACUGAAAUGUGAAUGAUAUGAAUUUUUUUUCACAAUUCUGCAAAUCUACAUAGUAAACAUAAAGAAUGUCACGAAAUGUUACAUCCUCUGAACUUUGUUAUAUGUUACUCAUUCAGUGUAUAUAUGCAUGAAUAUACAAUUUUCAUGAAGUAGUCCAUCUGUCUGUAAUAUAUGCUGUAUGCUUGUGUAUGUGCAGUUAUCUUGUAUUGUUUGCUGCCUUUUGCCUUGCCUGGUAAGAUAAGAACAUGCAGCUGAAUGUGAUGGAUGGUGAUGAGAUCCAGCUGUACCCUGCUUAUGGGCAUUUCACACCAGCAAAGCUUACCACUGGCUAGAAUGAGGCUGUGAUGGGUUUGACGGAGCUGACUUGUGUUGGAGCUUCAGAUCGAUAUCAAACAGAGCUUCUUAUAAGAACACGAUCUCUUCCACAACAUGGCCAGGAGUCAGAAUAAUUUGUGGAGACAGCAUGACCUGAACAGAGUGGGCUUUGGCCUGAGUGCUGACACAGAGCAAACCCUGAAGGAGCUUCAACAGCAACAGCAAAUGGCCAGCGAGUUUAAUUCCAACCCUUCUCUCUCCCAGCCUCCAUUUUUCUCUGAUUCCUACCGCCUAGCAUCAGACAACAUGCUGCUGCCCAUUGAGGGAGACCAGGUGGUCCCUUCUUCCCAGAGACAGGCAGUGUUCGGGGUUGAUCAGAGGGAGGCCAAACCCUUGCCACCUCUGCCAGACCCCGAGGAGCUUAUGUCAGAUGAAGCAGCUGAUAGUGAGGUUGAGUUCUUUACCAGUGACAGACGGCCCCUUUUGCCCAAAAGCUGCCCUAAGCCCAUCUGCAGGAACAGCAGCAAAGACUUUGGCCAAGUAAAUUAUGCCUACCAAGAGAGUUCAUUGAGGGCUGGAGAUGCUGGCAUUGGAUCCAUGGCUUUCUCUUGGCCAAGCAGAGAGGACCGGCCAACAUUUGGAGGGGGCAGGUUUGCAGCCAACAUUUGGUGCCUUGGUCACCAGAGAGAUGAAAACCAGCCUGUGGUGUCAGAAGCUGAGGAUACCUUUGGAGCCAAACGGCCAGACCAGCACCUCUUACCUAGAAUCCAGUUUUCUGGUUCGGGUCCUUCCACCCAACCACAAGGCAGCACCUCAUCAUGGUCCACCGACCGGCCACAAAUCCCUCCUCGUAUUCCCAUCCCACCAAAAUCAAAGACUGGGCCCGAUGAAGACAAACCUCCCAAAAUCCCUCCUAGGAUGCCUUUAGUCCCACCCUGUCCACCACGCACCCCAAGCCCUAAAAGUCUUCCAAUUUAUAUCAAUGGAGUGAUGCCUGCCACUCAGAGUUUUGCUGCUAACCCCAAAUAUGUUAGUAAGGCGUUACUGAGACAGAUGACAGGUGAGCCACCUGCAACCCAGUUUUCUCCCUGCAUUGUUCCGAUUUUGAAGGAUGGCAGAAAGGCCAGCGGGACGCACUACAUCCUGCUGCCGCCGGGUCGGCCGCCAAACACAGAGAGAAGAGAGAGACUCCUGAGUGAACCUGCUAAGACAGGGAACAGCAGCUUCUGGCAGAAAAGGUAGAAAUCACCACUUUGUGAUACGCGACUGUACAAUGUGCGAUAAUAUCUGCUCACAUGUGUAACAUAUUGGUAUUUUCAUUGACUGACAUGUGUUUGGUGUAAUAUCCACGAGGUUUUUUGACUGAACAUUUUACCAAUCAGUAUUUUAGAGACGUCUCUUCUACUUCGACCACAACGACAAUACACAAUAAUAUAGUAUUUUCACAAAUAGAGAACAGAUAUUUAUAUUCUAUCACCAUUUGUCAGUUUUUGAUAACUAAGAUACUGCAGUUUUCUUACUAAAAAAAAGUAUGAUCACAAAUUUUUAAAGUCUGACAGUCGUAUGCUCGUACCACUAAAAACUGCCUUAGCUAUGCAACAUAUACCUUACAAGAGAGCGCGUCUUUAUAAAUGUACAAGCUGGGCUUGUGUCAAACUGUUCCAUGUCUGUUAUUUUUUAUCACAAUGCUGCUUGAAAAGUAUAAUGUAUUGAUAGAUCUGAUAUUUUUCCAAAUAAUUAAAGUACUAUUUGAAUAUUUUAGCAUCUUUUAAGAUAAACUUAAUAAAGUGCUUCAUUAAAAAAUACCAGAUUAUAAAAAAGAGUUAGCCAAGUGCAAGUCUAAAAAUUCUUGACAAAUUUUAUAGUAAAUUUGCAAAUGAACAUGUUAGAUCACGCCACACUUUGAACAAGAGUGAUGUCAAACACUCGAUGCAGCUAAUAUUGGGUGUUUGUGCUUUUGAAUUAGCUUAUGAUUUCAGUAUCACAAAGCUGAUUGAAAUAAGAUAGCCUUAUUACUCCCAGAGUUUAGAAAUUUACAUCAAACUACAUUCUGACUACAGAAAAUCCAGCAUCUGCAUUUAAAGUGUUGAUUUGUUCAUUUUACUCAGUGUUUAUUAAAAGCUAGAUUCUAAUUCAUUUUCAUUAGAAACUUUGUUGAAAACCUGCAGUCACACUUAUGUUCACAGGUCUUUAAAUAUAUGAAGAACAAGCCAGAAGUUUUUACUUGUUGCAUUUGUAAAUAGAGCAGAAAAAUUGUCUUAGCUGAUCCUCAUGAAAAUUUUUAAUGAUGUAAAUCUGAUGUUGUGUAUACUUUUUUUUUUUUUACUGUGUGGGCAUGGAAGUCAUGUUACGUUUACACUGCUGAGGUGCAGGCCCACAUUUACCUUUGUUACACCAACCUCUAUGAAGUUCUCAUGAAGGUUCUGUAUCAGAUUUGGCCCAAGCAAAGGCUGUUUGUAAGUUCAUAAUUUUGUGUCAAUUGUAAAAAUGGUCUUUAAUCUAUUUAUAGAAAUAAAUAACUUAUUCAUUCUA